AUGAGGCUGCACAAUAAGCUGCGGCUAAGCAGACCUUUUAACCAGAACCUGGUUGUUGCAUGUAUCUUGUUCUGUCUCCCAGGCAUCUACACCGCGAUCACGGGCCUAGGUGCCGGCGGAGGAAAACCAAGCUCUGCAGACGUCGCCAACCAAACCAAUGCCAUCCUCUAUGGCCUAUUCGCCCUGGUGGGUCUUUUUGGCGGAACCAUUCUCAACAUGCUACGGCCCAAGUUGAGUUUGAUGAUCGGUUCAAUUGGCUAUCCGGUCUACGUCGGAGGGUUAUGGUAUUAUGACCGCACAGGCAAUUCAUGGUUCCCUCUCUUAGCAGGCGCCAUCCUUGGUAUUUCCGGAGGCUUCCUCUGGACUGCGGCGGCAUACGUCCAGUUCGCAUAUGCUGAGGAGAAGGACAAGGCCAAAUACAUCUCUAUUCAGUGGAUGCUCAAAUGUGUGGGAGCCAUGGUUGGCGGUUCCAUUUCGUUGAGUCUCAACGUCCAUGAGACCAAGGCGGUGGGUGUUUCUAAUGCAGUCUACGCCACCUUUGUCGUGCUUCACAGCUGCGCAUUCUUCAUCGCCAUGAUCUUUAUCAUCAAUCCCAAGAACGUGGUUCGGGACGAUGGCACACAUAUUGCCAUUUUUAAGCCCCCACGUUUCUGGCUUGAGCUAAAAGCUACUCUGGCUAUCAUGCUUGAUCAUCGCUACCUGAUACUGGCACCAGCUCAAAUUGUCUGUGAAAUGGCUUUGGCACUCGUGAGCAGCGUGAACUCUCGCUAUUUCAACCUACGCACUCGUUCCCUGAACAACUUCUCCUAUCAAACUAUCCAGGUCUUUAUCCCGGGCCUUUUAAUCCUCGUCCUCGACAACCAACGCAUCAAAUCUCGGCAGACCCGCGGGUUGAUCGGACUGGGUCUCAUGUCCGCCGUAUCCAUUGGUGCUUGCGCUGGCCUUAUCGCGUGGCUCGAAGUCUACAAUGUCGACGAUCUGACAGAGGCCGCUGGAGAAGAUUGGACCGAUGCUGCGUGGCCUGGACUCUUUGUCUGCUAUCUCUUGUUCGGAAUGAUCUACGCCGGUUACCAAAUGGUCGUCGAAUAUACGCUCGCCUCCACCACUAACGAUCCGUCUACGCUUGCUCGCGUAGCGGGUAUGUUCAAAUGCUACUCCUCGUUUGGCAUGAUGAUUUCAUUUAUUAUGGCUGGAGAGAGAGUGACGUUCUUAGGCCAGGUGAUUCUUCAAUUUGUCCUGUAUGUCUUGGGGGCAAUUGGUGUGGCCUGGGUUCUUAUCUACCGCGUCAAGGACAGCAACUACUUUACCGAGGAAGAUGUCAUCGUUCCGCUUGCAGAGGAGGAGAGGAGCAAAUUAGCUGGUCUUGUCACAGAGGAGCAGAUAGCACAUGAACAUGAAAAGGAACUUGUUGCGGCUCAAGGGAAGAAGGGAAGUGCAACACUGGGCCAGACUGAGAUCACGGCUGCGUAA